AUGAACAAGGCAAAGGCAGCAGUUGACAACUUCCUCGCCAGGGAUGGAAAGCAUGACACUACUGUCCACGAGGUCAUCAACCCUGCAGUGCAACAUGAGAACGUAAUCCGCACGGAACGAGAUGAAGCCCAAGAAGCAAUCGACCGAGAGGUCCAUCAAGAUCACUACCACACUUCCGUUCAGCCCAUCCAAGAUCGCGAGGUUCUCCCCGAGCAACACGGCUACACCACGGCAGAAGUUGAGACCCGCAACUACAAGCAUGGCAACGAGGAACAUGUGAAAGAACGUCUUGCGGCUGAGCAGGCUCAGUUCAAGAACACCAAGACCAUCAGCGAAGUGCAACACACCAGCGCCAAUCUCGGGGCCGUCGAAGCCGAGCACGUCCAUCAUCAUGUCCACGAGAGCAUUCAGCCAGUCGUGCAAAAGGAGACCAUCCAACCAUCCGUUGUCCACACCACCAUUCCAAUCCACGAGGUCCACCAGAACGAACCCAAACACCACACUGCUACUCAACUCCCCGCCGUCACUAUGGAUGAGUUCAGAAAUCAAGGGGGCCGUCUUACCGGUCGCGAAGAACGCACCGAUGCCUUCGUCGGCGAGCCAAAGACCGUCGGCGGCACCCUGGGCGGCACUGGAGCAUCAGGAACCACCUCCUUGACCGAGGGUAACGUCCUUCACACUCGCACUACCGGGCUCGACAAGGGCCGCGCUUCAGGCGUCGCCGGCACAGGUGUCACAACCGGAGCCAGCGGUACCGGCUCGUACGGCGUCGGCGAGAGUACCGGCCUCAUCUACGACCGGAGCGCCACUCCACCGAUGCGAACCGGCGGCGCAACACCCAGCAAGAAGCACGGCUUGAUGGACAAGUUGAACCCCCUGAAGGACACGGAUCACGAUGGAAAGGCCGGUAUCAUGUCCUAA